AUUUCAUUCGAACUUUUGUACGGAACCGUGUAAGAGGUGUCUCCGCGUCGGCCUUUGCGGCUCCUCGGUCGGGGCUAGGAAAAUCCAUAUUGUCGUGGUCGUUCUUUAUUGUUUGUUAAUGACAACGAUAAUGUAAUUUGUGAGUUGCUGUUUGUGUGAACUGUGUUGAUUGGUGCAAUAGUUGAGGGUUUUUUUGAGCACAAAUGUACAGGCGAGAAUCAUUCACUCGAUCAAAGAACAGUUUUGUUUUACGGCGUGAAAGCGGUGGAUUCAGGUUUUGCUCGGUUUCUAUCUGGAAAAAGUUGCGGAGUUGUGUUUUUGAAGCAGUGAAUUAACUUUUUAGACGUUUAGCCUAGCAAACGUUGAUUCCAAGCAAGUUUUUAUUUAGUUUUCUACUGAAAAUAUCAGUGCCAAUAUAGUCGCUAAACAAUUGAGGAUAUAAAUCGGAAAGCGACUGAAAAUAAGUGUGAAAACAGAAAGAUAAUUCUCCAAUUUGAAACGCAAGAAGUACAACGAAACAAUUUUCGGAAGUAAUAUUUUUCUCCACCGUUCAAGUGAUAAAGCAGUGCCGUGUGUAGGGAGUUUUUUUUUCUUUAUACAAUCUUCGGACGUUCGUCGGCCAAAGUGGUGCAUGCUUGGUGACGCAGAAUCGGAAAUGAGAGUGCAGUCUGUAGUGCAGUGAUCUUGGUUUCGUAUCCACACAUUUCAACGGUGGUCAGUUAGUGGUCUGAGUUGGAUGACUCGCGCAGCAGCAGUUAAGCAAGGCAUUCAGUGGUACGAGGAUACGCAACAGGAUUGAUGUGGACGGACCUACACAGAACGACGUGUGUCGUGGGCACCAACCGUGAUCGUAGUUCGUUUCCAACAUCGACAACAACAGAAACAACAACAACAGAGACGGCUCUCUGAUGCAGAAAUAGCAUAUGAGGAGAUGGAAUUAAAGUGAAUUCUUUAGGAUGUAAGCGACGUUGUGGAGCGAACAUUGAAAAAGUUGAGCUUUGAAAGAUAGACCGAACGUGAGAAGCAGAACGAUCUACCAUUACCGUAUCCAGUACCGAGGCUGAACUUGUGAAUGAAAUUAGAAUGCACGUUGUGAUGUGGUAUUACCAGUUCAACGAAAUUGUGCUACGUGUGCUCAACAGUUGGCCAACAAAGUCCGAAAGCAACGAAAGCAAAAGUGUGUGAAUCGAUGUGAUAUGAAUGUGAAGCGUGUUUAAUCGAACAAAACGAAAUGCGGUUACGUUUAAAUAGUCCUUUGCGAAACAACGAACAAUCAUGUUUGGUGCGUCCAGUAUACAGACUCAGCACUUUGUUAACUAUACCAAUGGUAUUUGUAACAGAGGAAGCCUCGGUGGAAACAGCACCGCUGAGGAACGCUGUCCAGCAAUAAAGCCGGACGGUUCACUUCGAAAGCAACGAUCAGCGAAUGGGUCUGGUGGUGCUGAAAUCGGAAGCAGCAUGAAGUGGAACAGUUCCAACUCCAGUUUGAGCAGCGCUAGUGAGCGGAAAAGCACGAUUGUGGUUGAAGCUGAUGUGAAGGUGACGAAUGGCACGUACGACACCAUGAACGAUGAUAGCUGUUCGACGACGACGGAGCUACGCAACCCGGAUGCAAGCUCCGACGGUGAUGAUCGCAGCGUUAUCACAGGAGCAACGCUACCCGGAGCCCGGAAGGCUCCCAGUGGGAACCGUCUGGUGGCGGGAACGGGCAGCAAAAAGCGUCGUUCGGCUUCCACUCUGGAGGGAGUCAUCAGCACCAAGCACCACUUGAAACUAGUCAGCAACGAGCUGGAAUGGGAGCGUAAGUUUCGCGAUGAUCAGCUUUCGAGAUUACUGAAAGCGUUGAUCUAUUUCGAGGCGCGGCUCCAGAGUGAGCACAGGCUGAUUCGGCAGCAGUUGCACGAGAAGGAUGACGUGAUCAACCGGCAGAACUGUACGAUUAGUCGAAUGAAGCGGAAGCUGGGCGUCGAUGCGGAGUCAGAUAUCGAUCUGCCUGAGGUGGCGCAGUAUUGUCCUAAAUGCCGGAGAAGUUACUACGGGCAGCAGGAGGUUCGCUGCAGUGGGACGCAGACCGGCGAAUAUCGAGGCGAUGGCGGGGAGAGUGUAAAUACAGAGAAUCUUUCGGUGAACAGCGUAGAGUACGCCUCGUCGAGUGAGGAGCAGGACUCGUCGCUAUAUGUACGUGCCAAUUCGUUUAAGGAUGCCCGACGGAGCCGCAAAUAUACUAGCAAACGAUCCUACCAGAGCUACCAGCGGCCAUCGCGACAGAGCAGUUUCAAAAGCACCACCAGCAGCAGCGUCAACGGAGGCAAGCUGCCCGGGCUUAGUACUAGCUGUGGUUCGACGGGAGAGAACAACGAAACAUACGAAAAUAUCGAACCAAAUAAGAAUGUGCCUAAAAUUGUGAUUUAUGAAAAUUAUGAAAGCGAUAAGGAGAAUAGUAAAGAAUACAAGGGAAGGGAAGCUAAUAACUAUGAUGUCGUGGAGCCGUCGUAUUCGAACAGAAUCAAUUCGAUGCACGGCCUCAAGCCAAUCACUCGAAUCGACGAGGGUGGGAGUGUAGAUGAUGUUAGAACGACGGGCACUCUGAAGGAAACUGAUGAGGAAAGUCUCCUCUAUGAGGGAUAUCAAGAUGGAAGAAGUGCCAGCAAUCAGCAGAAGUACACGGAAGGAAUGGAAAUGAAGCAGACGAUUGAAACAAGUGACGAUUGGUAUGCGAGUGCCAGUGAUAUGGAGGAUUCGGAUACAGCAUUGGGGAAACCUUACAGCAAUGCGGCUGUAAAUCCUGUUCUGGAGUGUGUUAAUCAGAUACUUCUUCAACAAUCGAUGGAUGGAUUUGGAGAGAACAAAGAAUCGACCGACGUGAACGAGGAAGAGCUGUACAUAAAAGCUCAGGAACCGCCGAAAGAACCUACCCAAGUGCGAUCUAAACGAGUUCAUUUUUCUACCCAAAACAGUAUGGUUCAAGUUCCACGAAUUAAUCUGGAACCUUCUCCGGUGCAUCGAAAAGAUGAAAAAUCAUCGCCAACAUACGAAAUUCAUAGCAUCUAUAGCAACGAGUACGAACCUAUCGGCUCGGAACAGAAUUCCUAUUCCAACUACUAUGUAGAUAUGGAAUCCAAGCUGGGAUCGGAAGACCGUGAACGUGAGCUGGCUGCUGCUGAAAAGCGAAAGAUACCGCCAGCAUUACCACCGAAGCCGGCAAAUUUGCUUAAGCUGCAGCAAAUAUCCAAACAACGGAUGGUACAAAUCAAGCCGAAAAGUUCCUCCGGCAACAGCGAUAUUGCCGAAUCUGAGCCGGAUUAUUGUUCCAUAAGUGAGAUUCAAGACUCUGUAAAAUGUGUUCAGAUUGUAGCGGAGAUUCACAAGGAAUCUUGCGAGGAUGAUUAUUCUGUGGUCGACGAAGAAUUGGAGGAAACUGAAAGCAAGAAAAGUACCGAUCCGGAGGAAUCGUUUGCAGAUGUUCCAAAGCUUCCAAAUGUAGCGGAAAUUGUGCCUCCGAAGAAGGAAACGUUGACAAAGUUCAUCAGUCAGGAUAAUUACAUAACUAAAUCGCACAAUGGGACGCCUGCGAAAAGUACACCAACAAAGAAAGAUGGCGAAUUUCGUGAGCAGCUUUCAGAGAUUAUAGCAGAGAUUAACAAGCAAUCGCCAGCGAUCAGGAAUGCAUCGAAGAGACAUGUUCCCGUUAAAGAAAUGGGAUUCCGAAACGUCAGCAAUAUCCCAACAUUGGGAAUUCAGUCGAAACUAAAAUCGAUAGAUAAGACAAGCUUUCUAAGCAAGAUUAAUUCCGGAUCGACGACGAAUCUUAGUAUGAAUGUGAAGUUGAACGGAUCACUGCCGAGACCAGCCCGACCAUUGGUGUUCAAAUCAAACGCGCCGGUUAAGCCUUUAAGUACAAAUGUGAACUCACUUACUCCCACCAGUCCGAGUAAAUCCGGUUCGUAUAUACCAAAUUUGAAAUCUCCAAGCGCGCAAAACGCCCAGAACGGGAAUUCACCGAAAACAUCUCCGGCCAAGAAACCACUCGCUCCGGUCAUCAUUGCCGAAGACAGCAAAUUGCCCAUUCAAGCCGAAUUUGAUUGGUACAAUUUGGAUGCUGAGUACGGCAAACCAAACCAGCCGGACAUAAUUAUAGAGACGGAUUCGGGAACACCAGCGGAACAGCUGAGCAGCACUGUCUUGGAGGAGAAACCGGCUGAAGAAAACAAUUCCACAAAUGGUCACAGUUCAGAAGCAAGUGGAAGCGACCUGGAAAAUGUAGAGUACAAUUUGGAUGAAGCCUACAAAACGAUGGCACCAAUUGUGCCCCCUCCGGAUAUUAUUCAGAAGAAUCCAAUGACGACCAAGAACGGGAAGAUUCCCUACAACAGUAUAUCGUUCAAAGAGCUGAUGACGUUAAACGAGACGCCUAAGAUCGAGAAGAACAAACCAUCCUCUACGGAGCCGGCGAAUGCAAACUACGAACACUUCCUGGAUGAUUCCGGACUCUGCUCGAAACCGAUCAUUCUGCCAAGGAAGAAAAGGGUGUACUAUUCCGGUCCGUUUGUUUAGGGGCGCUACUUUGUUAGGCGUGGAUUGGAAUUCGGGAGUCACUCGUGGCCCAGUGCACGGUUGGGCAUCGCUUCUCGAUUAUACCGUCCAUUAAUGGGCGUGAAAUUAACUUAAUAGUUAAAUGAAAUUACACAUUCGUGAGCAAACCCGCGUAUUGUUUGCCCCGCGAAAGUGAAAAUUGAAUUUCCUAAUCUGCAUAUUCAGAUGGAAAUCGAGCGCAAAUAUUUAAAUGUGCACGCAAAUUAUUCCUAUUUGCGUUGGACUAUUGACGUAUAACAAAAGGCUGGAUUCCAAAUGGGGCUAGAGUGCUGGUUAGGAUCAGUUACUGCAUUUUCGAAUGGGUAUCAGCAAUUUAGGUGUUCGACUGUCUGUGGUUUGGGGUGUGUUAAUAUGUGCGAACGCAAUGAUAAAUUUAUUUCAGUGUGUAUGCUAGGGUAGAUAUUUACAUAAAUGCGGAAUCAAACAGUACUCACGACUGUACAUAAAUCCUGAAUUCAACACCCUUUCUAUAAUUUGUUUGGUGAUUUGCUUCUGGUGUAUUCGUGCGCAAACUACGACUAUUUAAAAACCCUGCUAGAUUGGAAAUAGGAUUGCUAGUUGUAAACCGGUUUUCAGUUAACUGGUCACCAGCAAACCGAAAACUGGUUUUAAGCAAAAGCCUGUUUUCAUUCAGUGAAGAAAUUGGCCGUAAGAGAAACCAUACAGAAAUUUGAUCAGAGCGAUUGCUCGACAUUUCAGAGCACUUUUUACUACCUAAUGAGUGCAAAAGGGACAAUAUGUACUCUUUUAUUCCUUCUGUAACUCGUCAUGAAGUUUAGCGCUAAUUGAUUGGAAAAUUAUCUCACACUCAUCGUAGAGUGUUACGUUUUUGCAAAGCCUAAUGCGCACCACUCGUCUAUGCCGUCAAAAUUAGGCUGCAAUUUUUCCACAUUUGUGAACGUUUUUGUCGGUUUAAUUAGGUGUAGAAUUUUACUUCCCUGGCUAAGUACAAAGAAUACAAAAGCACCAGCCACUCUCGCUGUGGACGAUAAGUCGAACGAACGAGAGAAAUUGAUCUAAAACUCGGAGGUCAGGAGAUCGCUUCCGAAAACCGAAGGCUCUGUCAAACUCGGAAGUGUGGCAACCCUAUUUGGAAAAAUGUGAAAAAGUGAUACAUUUUCGAAUGCAGCUAUUGUUCCAAUCAAAUGUCAGAAAAAGCUGAACUUCAAUAACAGAAACUGCUUAUGGGUUUUGGUUAAUUAUACUCCAAAAACUCGUGUCAGAUCAUAUGAAAAAAAGUGUUUCGAAUUUGAAUCCGAUCUGCCUAAGCCGCCAAAAGUUUCAUACCUAUGUGGAAAUAAGUCCCUUUGAUAGCUUACGGAACUUUCAGGCUGUAUAGGGACCAUAUCAGUUGAUUAAAAACUCAGGACGGAUGGCCGAAGGGUGACAUCUCCUGUUCAUCCUCUUUCAAACGUACCUGGUAAAACUUUCCCAAAUUUUCGUCAGCAAUUAAUCAUAUCUGUGAGCCUUUCAGUUAGAGCUCUGCCAGACUGUUUUACAUGAGAAUUCGACAGCUAAACGCUUCUUCAGAUUAACACACGCAGGUUUUGCUACACCACAAUCAGCAAAGAUUUCAAGCUGCUGUUGGGCAAAUCUGCAAAUCCUCAAUAGAGCGAAUGAGAUCGUCUGCGAAGGACCGGCGAGAAGCCCUCGGCUCUAAUUACAUGUUAUUGAAGUAAAGCAGAAACAUCAACGGUUUCAAGUAGCUUCCCUGGUCUAAGCAUAACGUAGAACUAGCUGAUGGUUCCCGACAAUCUGCAAUGACAAAUAUUUUCUCUCGAUAUGUGAACUAGGAUUGAAACAACUGCAAAAACUACCUUUGAUUACAAAUUUCUUCAAUUUGACGAUUGUUAUAUUGUGGUUUACUACAUCAAAAACACCAAAUAGAUUUGUGUAAAUGACAUCAGUUUGAGCGCGACGUUCCAUACUCUCAGUUAUGUAGGAUGUUAGACGUGUUAGAUUAGUCGCUGUUCAAUUUCCUACUGCUUGCAUUGAGCCUGACGCGGUUCUACAAUCACCAACUGGCGACAGCACUUCGUGAAGUUAUUCCAAGAUAGUUAUUGAUGUCUCGCUUGAUUCCCUUCUCAUGGACUGAAGACAUGUUUGCGGAUUUCUAACAACAGGGGUCUCCAAAAUGAUAAUGUGUCGAAGCUCUAAAAGAAAUCCCUUGGGUCCCGGGUUGAAAGAAGAUUUAAGCCGAGAAGAAGCUCUGGUAAUCAUCGCUUCAUCGAGAUCAAUUGCGCCCUGAGUUUGGCGUACAUCUUGAAAUGCUUCAAUUGGUUUGACCUGCCGAUUGUUACUGAGCAGGGGAUAGACCACUUGAAACGUAUUUAGCUAUAUAUUGUUGUGAUAGUAAACGGUUUCAUUGGUUUAGUUGGGUGUCACGUCCCCAGUUAAUCGCAAAGAAAUCAAAAUUAACCUAUGCAAUAUUAUUUUCUAAUUAAUCUUGUCAGUAACUAGCACCAACUUGGGGCCAACAAGGUUGAGCUUGUUUGAGCUUGUGUGACCACCCCUGGCUGCUAUUCCGUUAUCGAUCUGGACUAGCUGAAGUUCUACAGGGAAUAAGUAGAUAAUUAUGCUUGAUAGUAGCGAAACAUCUCUCAAUGUGCAACUCCUGGUAAUCCAGGAUCCUAAAGUGUUUAUCGAUCAAUACCGGCGCCAGCCAGAUCCGAACGUAGAUCGCGGAAGGAAAGGGAAGGAAUGGUUAGUCCGAUACUUGCUUUUGCUAGAGGCCGUAUAUACUACUGCGCACUUCACAAGUAUCACGGGAGGAGGAUAUUUGUUAGUAAGUUUAGAAGUUGGAUUCUACUUCUUCUUUACCGACGCCAGAAACAGGUGACUCCACUUUCUGGACUAGAUAUCGAUCCAUCAACUCAUGGACCGGGGACCAACGGCUUUAUUUCCCUUCCGAAGGAAGACGGGACCACAGAUUUAUUCACCUCCGAAAAAUCUCAAAGACCUCGCCUGGAAUUGAAACCCAGACCAACUGGAAUGAGUCGCGGUCACGCUUACCACUUAACCACCGACGCAGUCGCAACUUGGGGCCAAGUUAGACGAUAUAUCUAAACUAGUAUCCAAAUUAGCACUAUACGGAAAAUGUUGUUCCCAAAAUCGUGAAUAAAGGGCUACAAUCACGUUUCUGCGUUACGGAAACAGGGCCAAGAACAAAAAUCACGUUUUAUAAUUAUGUUCCAUUUCCAUCCAGUAACGCCUAUAUAAUGCUUUUAUUAGUGGACUUCAGUCACGGUUUCCGCCAUAUCAUUACCAAAGUGAACUAAUUCACAACUUUAUGAACAUUAUUCAUGAAACCGAAGCUUGAAUCGUGAUUUCAUUCAUAGCUUUUGGAACAUUAUUCCGAGUUCGACUAUGCGACGUAAAUUGAUUCAUGAUUUGUUACAUCUUAAGCAUUGUCUGAUUUUCGUGAUUGUGAAGUAGUUCACAACAUCAAAACAUAUUUUCUCGUGAACUAUUUCACGAAACCUGGAAUAUUACUCAUGAAAUAUCAAUUCAUGUUUCAAUUAUCCGUGCUCGUGAAAUAGUUCACAAAAUAAUAAAAUGUUAUACAUGUAUACGUGCACUGAUUCAUGAUUUCUAGUCUAAUAGUCACGACUGACCAUUCGUCCCGUAAAAUGGUUCUCAAAAUCAUAAAAUUUUAUUCAUGGAGUUUUGACCUAUUUCAUGAUUCGUAGUACAUGGUUCACGAUCUAUCUUGAGUGAUAAUUUAAAAACAUACAUAAUCAUUUUCAUGCAAUUCUGCACAUGACCUUAAAAUUUUCACUUGAACUAUUUCACAAAAUUAGUAUUUUUUCACGAAAUAUCAUAUAGUUAUUUCCAGCUCGUAGCGACUAGUAAUAGGUGCGAGAAGCAGAUAUAAGAAAACUAUUAGGAUCUCGAACAUCGUUAUUCAUUUCAUUAAGUUCAAUGUGAUGUUUGAACAGAAAAGGAAAACUGCGCUGAGCGCAAAGAAUAUAUUAUAGAGCCACAAAUCGUGUUCGUGAUGCAAUUUACAAAACAAGAUACCGCGAAUCAGUUACGCUUUUAUGAAUCAAAUCAUAUUGUCACGUUUCUACGAGUAAAAAAUCCGAUAGUAAUUAAACAUGAACAUGAGUCUCAUUAUUCCACGUGUCGAAUUCGAAAAUGAGCUCAAAAAUACAAUAUCAUAACAACGUGCAUAUGAAUUACGAAAAUAGUGAUUAAGAUCUUGAAAUCAUGAAUAUAGAGUACACUACUCGAGACAAAAAUAUCAAAAAUUGUGAUUAUGUUCCUGAAAUCAUGAACACAAAACACUCUACUAGUGAUUAAAAUAUCAGGAUAACGUGAGAAAAAAAUACGAGAAUCGUGAUGCUGGAAUCAUGAACAUAAGUCACACCACACAGAAAGGAAAAUUCAACAUGAAACUAGUGAAUAAAAUAUCACAAAAAGUGAAUAUAACUGACGAAUUUCGUGACAAAAGCCCUAAAAUCAUGAAAUUGUGUUACUCUGCCAGAAAAAAACCUCAUGAAUAGAAUAUCACAGUAAUGAUGAGAAAUUACAAAAUCGUGACCAAACUCUUGAAAUCAUGAACAUCGUUUCAAUUGAUAUACUACAAACCAGUGUAUCUGCAAACUAUGAACAAGAAGCACAACAAAACAUGUCCAGGGAACAACCACAGUAACUCAACCAAACACUGCAAUGUAACGCCAUGUACAUUUUUGUGUGAACUAGUUUUUCGAAAACACGCAGAGUUUCAUGAAUACGAGGUUUAUUAUCUAUAAUUUCAGGAACUUGAUCACGAUUUUCGUCAAUCGUUCAGUUAACGCAAUCGUGAUAUUUUGUUCAUGAAUUUGUGAACGGAUUUUUUUCCGUGUAGUUAGACACAAUAACUCAAACAGUCACACGACACAUCUGACCGCCUAAUGUAACUGGAUUGUCCCGAGUGAUACCUCCAGAGCUUCUGUCUUUGCCUCCCGGGACAUCACUCGGGACAAGCCAUUUGCUCUAGGCUUUCACAUGUGUCGUGUAACGGUUUGAGUUAUUUUGUCUAACUUGUGCAAAUCUGCGUACUACUUUUGAUACAUCAUCUAACUGGUCCCAAGUUGGUGCUAGUUACUGACAAGAUGAGUUCGAAACACACAAAUCGAACUUAAUUCAAUCCACAACUAACAGAAGGAGAGUAUAGCUGAUAAGGCUUCGCCAGGGAAGUACACUGUGGUAUUUUCCAGGAAUCGUUUUGGGAAGCAAAGAAUCCUGUGAUUCGACACGACAAUCGCUAGAGAAGUUCUAACAUAGGACUAUCAGCUUGAAAAUUGUUUUUUAUUUCUUCAUGUUUAUUUGACAUGGUUCAAUGCGUUCGCACAACUGAGCCGGGUAUCUUUUAAGUUUAUACAAUAAAUGAAAAUAAAAAAUACUAAGAAUGUCCGUUUACCAGAUCUUGUUUACGCAGUUUGCUGCUGCGUGUUGAGAUCAUUAUUCUAGGCGGUGGAACAUUAGUUUUCUUAUCCGUCGCAGAUUGUGGGUCAUUCAGUCUGUCUUUUCUCGCGACAUUGUUCACGUCCAUGUCAUCAUGGGUAUUGCUUUCUUGCUGUUCAUGGUCAGAGGUUCUUAUUUGUUUCUUGUUCCCACGGGACGCUGUUAUAAAUUUGUCUUCAUCGGUAUUUGUUUCUAGGUAGUGAUGCUAGUUGUUGGUUUGGGAGUGGUUCUCGUGGUCGUUGUCCCUUUAUUAUUGGUUAAUUGGGUUGUUGGUUUUGGUUUAUCUGUAAAUGUCCGUGGCUGCUUGUUAGAGUUACCUGUAGUAGAUGAGUUUUGACUAGUUGCUUCGGAGCAUGUUUUUCAGUAAUGGGCUGUCUGAUUACAGAAUUGGUAUUUAGGGGUCAGUCCAUGAUAUGUGGUCAGCGUUGUUUGCUUAUAGAUUACGCAAUCUGCCAUGAUUUGCAUUCCAUAGUCACAUAAGAAGGUAUUGGUUUAGUCACUCGCAUCGUCACAAUAGAAACGCCGUUGGGAAUACCGGUGAAGAAAUUUCUGAUGUCAUUCGUAAUAGAUUCCAUUUCUCCGUAUUGCGACAUAAUUUGUUUGAUGCCAAAUUCCUUAGUGCGCGGUACCAAAUCAUGGAUACGAAUGUCCGCCAUUUCGUUUUCCAUAUACGCAGGGAUUUUGAUACUGGUGUUAUCAAAUUCGACCUUGUGUUGCAUGUUGUUCUUUGCUAUGGAGUUUUCUGCCUGUGCUAGACCUCUAAACGUAAUCAAAACACCGUUUUUGACGUGGUAUAGCUGAAUGUACAUAAUUUUCGCGUGAUUAAACUCCAUUUUAACUUUAACUAAUUUUUCCAGUUCCUGAACUGUAGGUCUAACACGAGUUUUAUUAAAGUCGAUCGAAAUUGUGUUAUCCCAUAGCACGGGCACUUUUGUUCCUUUGGCAGACUCAUAUCACUGCGCAGUCGGGCCAACCAUACAAUACUGUUUGUGCACUGGAUAUAGAACAAAGUGCUGGCUUGCUUUACUGGUGCCGGUAGCGUAGCGAUGUUUUGCUUCUGCUUUGUGCGAGGUCAGAAGGUAGACUGCGAAACAUGUUUGUUUUUAAUCUGACCGGUCCACUCGUCUGUUCACCAAGCAGCAGCAAAAUUUACAUGAUUUGAAGUUUGAUUGAUGGAAGUUAAUGUUCUUCAACUGUUUUUAAUAACUUUAGCGCGGAGUUUUUUUUUUUUUUUGAAAAGUUGAGAUAAAAUUUUCAUUUUUGUUUUUCAUUCUCCUUGUUUUGCGCAUGAAAUUCGAAAUACUUGGUAGACUCAUGUCGGCCACCAUAAAAAGACGGAGCAGAUAAAAUACACCUGCAUUGAAAUAGUCGUGAAAGUCCCUCACAUAUUUAAAAAUAUUGCAAAAAGAGAAUUAAAUUCACUACUAAAAGAGAUAAAAUUAUACCUUGAUUCACCAGGUCCAGAAAAGUUGACGUAAAACCCGGAAAUCGCCUACAAAAACCGGAGGCUUUUAGAAGGGUUGGAAACCCGGAACAAAUUAGAAGGGUUGGAAACCAUACGUAUGAGCGAACUUAAAGCGGCUCUGAUUGAAAAAUGGAAUCAGCAACUUUCUGAUUUUAUUAUCAUGUUUGAUUCAAUACAUUUCAAAAGUGUGAAGAUUACUGUUACGUACGUCUGCAAAACAAUGUAAAUGAAAACCAAAUUAAUAAGGUAUCUCAUUGUUGCUAGCGCUCAUCUGUGGCUACUGCUUGUCAGAAACGCUGGAAGCCUUGCUCCUUUGCUAGAGUUUCCCUAAAAUAUCGGAAGACACGGUAGAGUGCUUCCCAUGCAAUACUGUUCUGUCUGCUUCGCUUUGUUUGUCUUUUAACUGUGGAGGAUGGAUGAUGCUCAUUCGGUUUAUCUUCCACAGCGAGAGUUGCUAGUGCUUUUGGGAGCGCAAUACAUCAAAAUAAACCGACACCGUCAAAAAAUGUGAAAAACAAACAAAUCUAAGUGUGAAUAGUUCAGAACAGUGAUUAACGCAAAGCUUCCCCAAAACCUUGCAUUGUAUCGGCGAGUGAUCCAAAAUUGAAUCGAACAAUCGCUUUGAUCCAAAAUUCUGCCCAGUUUCAGCACAUACUUAUGUUUCUAUUGAAGUCAUCGCUCUACGGUUCAGUAAAAAAUCUCCGGACUCGAAUCUCAGAGAUGGCAAGACUUCGUGAGUCCGUCAUUUCAACAGUCUCUGAUACUACGGUACUGUCUGUUUUUGAAGUAAUAGAAGUAGACCGCUCAGUACUGCCAAUCUUGACGCACCAAUGAUCUGAUUUUCAAUCAGACUUACAAAAAUUGAAUAAGUUGUUUUCUAAUUCGAGCUAGGGUCGUCGCUGCACACAUCUAUUCAGUAAGUAGAUGCGAUAUCACUCCACUUUGACGAAUCGUUCGCCCAGUGUUGAUUAUGGUGUCAAUUUUGGUUAGCUUCAGCUUUCAACCUUCAGCCUCAUUCAAAUUUAAUUUUUUUCAAAUAAAUACACAUCUUCUUAUUUUGUUGAUCCCUAUUGGAAGUAACACAACACAGUUGUCAAUAUUUAUUCUAUUUUAAAUCAAUUUCACAAGAAUUGACUUGAACGCUCAAUUUAAAUUUGGUUGGGCUUUGUAGAAGAGUCGAAACUGUUUUUGAUGUUCCAGUGAACGGAAAAGCGACUAGGCGGGUUUAUGUGUACUAAAAAUGAUACUCAAAGCAUAACGAAACAAUUCCAGCCAAGAAAAUUUUUAUUUUCGAACUUUAUUUUUCUUUUUAGCGUAUCGCGACACUCUAUUCCACGAAAGCGUAGACCCAAAAGAAUACACUCCAGACCACUAUAUGCAGUUAGAGUAGUGUGGUAGUAUUGAAAGCUUCAAUCCAUAGUACCAGCCGACUUUUUGUAUUUAUUGAAACUCCGUUUUCUAAUCCUUAAAUAUUCUUUUAUGAUUCUAUAAAAAAUAUAAACAAUGAAGCAAAUUUUAUACUGACCGGAUGUAGGGUCCCCUUUCCGAUAUGGAUUAGAUCGAAUCGUUACAUGUAUUAUUGUAUUAUUAUUAUUAUUAGUAGUAGUAGUAAUGGUAGUUACUGUAAUUACACAACGAAACGUAGACUAAUUGAGUUAUAUAGAUGAUCCUGUAUAGAUGCCACAUUGUAGCAAUGAUAGAUAACAAAUGUAGACAGAAAUAAAAAUAAAAGCUUUUGGCAAAUGAAACAAAUAUAAUUCACUACACGAGAAAUCGAUAUUUAUUCGA